AUCCUUGGUCUUAAAAAGGACGCGCCGAAAUAGCGACUGACUGUGACAGGUAAACGGCCUGAUGUGUAUGCUAUUAACUGCGUUGUAGCAACUUUAAACACACAAGUCAGUUAACAGACAGGUAAAACAGGUCAGUCUGCGUGAAAAAGACAAAGGCAGAGACAGUAAGGUCCCGCGUGUACCCUUUAGCGUUUAGACGUCUCCACCAACGGAUUUAUCUAGAGUUUGUAAUCUUUGGAGGUCCUUUUGAGCUGUUGUGUUGUGAUCCAGAGACAAUCAUGAUCCUCCUGACUCCCUCCUCUGGUAGGUACUCAGCGUCAUUUGAUAAUCUGGAUUACUGUACACCUACAUGGGCAUGGGUGCCAGAGAUUAAAGCCUAGGUCUACAUGAAUCAAAUUAGGCAAGAAAACAGCUCAGCUAUUUUUGCUGAGGGAGUUUUAAAGAUGCUUGGACUGAAUAAAAUGGGCUAAAUAAUUUAAUUUGUUAACGACAAAAUGUUUAUUACAUGAAUAGCAUCUCAUGCAUACAAUGCAGUUAUAAUACGCAAUUGUAAGAAAUUAGGUGCAGGUACACAUCAAGACCAUAACUUGAUGUGAGAUAAAUAGUUAAAAUCCUGUGUAUGUGUACUGUGUUUUUAACACAGCACACAUACACAUACAAUGUAUACUUUGCAUAGUUCAUACAGUUUGAGGAUAGUUAUAUUAUUUAAUGUUUUUUGUUGUAUAAAAUAUUCAGUCAUGUUAGUAUAUAUGGUGAAAUUACAUUACAAAUUCACAAACCACACACAAUAUAAUGUAUAGGAAUAAAUAUGUUAUAUAUAAUUAAUCAGUUUUAUCGCCUUUUACUUUUACUGUAUCUCACACACAACUCACUUAAAAUGUAAAUAUUUUAUAUCAUUCAGUUAGUUUACUUCAGAUUAUCCCAGAAUUGUUUUUCUUGUUUUUUGUUUAGUUCUUUUACUCUUUAGCAGGUAACACAGCAGAGUAUUAAAUAACACGGGCCAUCCCAUCAUGCUUUGCACUCAUUAGGCAGCAAUCCAGAAAUAAAGACUUGGCAAUGUGUCUGGCUCUGGCUUUAUCCUCUUUUUAUUAGUGACCAGUGACCAACAGUACAUAAAACAUGACCGUAAGAUCAGCAACCCCCACAGACGUUUAUGCACAUGGAGAUGCACGUGUGGCUCUCUGCUAAUGGUAUUUACUGUGAAAAAAGUGAAUGAAUCUGAUUGUUCAUUUAGCAAGCUUGACAGUUACUUGAUUUCUAGAAAACUUAUGUGCUGUGUUUACUCAAGAAACAUUUUCAGAUAAUACAGUAAUUCAAAUACCAGGUUGUAACUUGUGUUGAAGUCCAAAUUAAGAAGUAAAAAAGCAUGUUUUCAAGUAAAAGUGUAAGUUAAUGUUGGCUUGUUGCUGUGUCUCAUACGCUGUUUUCUUUCAGAUGAAGAGUCUCUUGAACUCGCCUGGCUUUGGAAUCACAGGAAGUUCAGGGUGAAAAACACUUAAAGGGUUGCUACUGCAACAUUUAAAACUAUUUAAAUUUUGCAGGUCAUUAUCUGUGCAUACUGUCUUGGACAGUACUAUGACUUGAGUGAAAGUAAUAAACUCACAAGAGAGGAGGCCGACAGAAAACAAAGAUUUCUUUGUUUGACUUCAUUAAAAAACAUCACAGCUUAGUGGGGGCAGAGGCAGUGUUUGGCUGGAGCAAGGCGCUGUCAGCAGUCAUUUCAUCUUGCUGACUAAGAUGUAGCUUUUACUGUUGUUCAUACUGCAAAUUUAGUUUUCAAAACAGCUAAACAUAUCAUGUGAAUGUUACAAGUUUUACAAAUUGCAUAUAUGCCCUAAUAAAACUAUAUAACCCCUUGCGGUUUAGUAUUUAAAUAUAAACUGUACAACAACAGACAAAGACAUGUUAAUGCCACAAUUUCCAUUAAAACCUAGUCUGUAGUGGUAUUAAUAGAUUUGAACAAUAGCUAUGUGAGUGCUGCUGCCACGUCCUUGUCUCAGGUCACCACGUUUGAUCAGAGUAAACAGAAUAAUUGAUCUCACGUCUGGUAUGUGUCAAUGCAGUAGGUCCAACACACACUCACUAUUUCCGAUGGUGUAUGUGGUAGUCCCCUAAAUGUCCAUAGCUUGUUCCCCAUGCCAGUAUUUGUGUGUAUUUCACCCCUGAUGAGAUCACAAUUGAGUGCUAACACCUCACAUGCAUCCUGUUCAGACAUUGUAUCCUUUUUGACAUUUGUCCUUUCCAAAUAUUAUCUAUUGAUAUUAAAGUUUAUGCAUGUUUGUAUCAGUUUAAAUAUGUAUAAUGUUUAUUGCAUAGAUAUAACUGAUAAUGUAAUGAGUAGAUAAUGAGACACUAUGUUGCAUGCUGUAGGCUGCGCAGGCUGAUUGAAUGAAUGUACAGUAACAAAUGCAUUUUACUGAUCUGAAUAUGGAUGAAUGUAUCGUAAGGUCGGCCUCCAUCCAAUAAACAUACGUCUUGGUAAGUGAUGCUUCUUUUACAUAAGACGGGAAUCAGUUUUUAAGUAUAAUAUUUUGCUUUAAAUACAGUAAGGAAAAAUAAAAAAGAAACACACAUAUGAAAACCAUUGCUACAAUUUCCUGCAAUGUGGAUUCCCACUAGAGGGUAUAAAAAUAUUAUUUUUCAGUUAAGAACUGGUAAAGCAUUAAGAUUACUUUCAGAAUCUUUUCACUUUUUUUUCUCUCACUCCAACUGAGGAUUGACUCAAACUGGGAUAUAAUUAUUAAACUAUUCCCAUUCAGACAUAUUCAUCAGAAGGUCAGCUGGUAUGGUCGCCCGAUCAUGGUCUCUUCCAGUGUACCAACAAGCUCUUUUUGAGUGAUCACACCACAGGAAUCCACAUCAAGGAGUUUGCACGUAAAAAUGCUGCUAAUGCUCUAUCAGUUGCCAACAUGGUCAUGGGCAUGGCCUCCAUUCUCAGCAGUCUCAGUGGGCACCAUCAUGCUGCAUGUUGGCUGGUUCUGAUUGGCUACCUGCUGGAUUUGGCAGAUGGAGCAGUUGCCAGGCGACUCGAUGCCUGCUCUGCAUUGGGUGCCAAGCUAGAUGAUUUUGCUGACUUCACGACCUUCGGGAUUGCCACGUCGUUGCUUCUAAGGACACCUGACCUGGUGGACAACAUCCUCUGCGUGUGUUACGUCUUGUCUGUUUUUGUUCGCCUCUGUUUCUUCUCUAGCGGGAUCCCAUUCAUGUAUCGCGGCCUGCCCUGCAUCUACUCCUCAGCCAUCCUGGCCAGUGCCUCUCUGCUGUCAGGGGGAAACAUGGCCUUGCUGCGGGUCAUUGCAAUGGCCAUGAUCCUCUUUAUGAUCAGUCAGAACUUCUACCCCCAUGACAGAGUGCUGGAGUCCCAGGCGUGGAAGAAAGCAGUCUAUGCUGGAGGAGUCAUCAUGGUGUUCUGCUCUUCAUUCCCCCCUGCAUGUGUCUACUACCUGCUGUGGUCUGUGUCCUACAUAUUGUUCCCAACAUCCCUUUGGAGCAGUAAAGUGUAAAAGGGGUUCUGGCUUUUUCCAAAACUCCCAAAUAGGUUAACCUCUGGCACAUCUGGGUGAACCGAGGCUUCCUGCCAUGGAGGAUCCAACCUGAACAUGCUCAUGCGCCACAGGCGAACACUCGCUCUAUUUAACCUUUAUUUUAAUGUGACAUCUCUAAAACAGAACUCAGAUUCAAGAGAGUUAGAGUGAGUUAUGAGAAGGGCAUUUUAGUGUUACUGGUAAGGAUGAACCUUCAUUCUGUCUUAUGUUUUCAUUGCAUUUUCACUGAAUCCAGUGGUUGGGUGGCUUGUUCUAAAAACUGAAUUUUCAUUAGGAUUAUCUCAUACUUUCAUCAUUGUUCAGUCACCACAUGAAAGCAGGGCUCAUAAUUUUCUCCGGUAAUAAAAUAAACAGAAAGGAUUUCAAAUGAAAUAAUUACCUGAAAUUCAUACAUAUUGUCUCAGUUUUUUUUCUAAUUGUGUUAGCUGACUGUCAGUUAAUGGUUGUAUUGGGGGUUGGGGUCACUUCAUUAUCAAAGCAUUCAGGUGAGGAUAGGCAUUUCCCAAAAUCCACUUUUUCCAUUUUGUCCGGGAUUCAUAUCCAGUCAUUUAUAGAACUUUCCAACAUGAUGAUGUAGUCAUUCCUGUUAUCUGAUUUGCUGUUUGAAUGUAUGUUUGAAGUAAGUUGAAUUGAAAGGCAACUGAUCCCAACCCUGGUUUUGGUGCAUUCUGGACAGAUUUUUAGUGUUUAAGCCUUAUAGCUUUUUACCAAGUUGUGACUCUGUCCAAGAAACAAUGUUUGAUUUACAUCUUUCUUUAUGUGUGAUUUUAUUUGGUCAUUGUAUGUGUUUCCCUCUGUUUUAAGAGGAAUUGCAGUUUAAAUACUAAAUCCGCACUGGAUCACAUCUCAUAGUAGUCCUGUGACCACAGCUGAAUCAGUGGUGUCGCUGCAGGUGUUUCCAUCACUUGUCAAACCACCCGUGACAUCAGUCAUGGAGGUUGACCAGAAAUGCAACACUAAAUAGGACUGCAGCAGCAGUUUUCUUCCUCAUGUGAUUCAGUGUGAAUUUACCUUUGAAGUACAACACACUGGCUGCAAAUCCUGCUUUUGCUGCCAUCUAGUGGGGGGGAAAGUUCACCACGCUGCAAGGUCUGCUUGCACCUUUUAAAUGUUUUGAAUCACACUGCACCACAGUCAAUAUUGGUUUUGCUAACAAAUGCACCAGACAACCGAAACUUUAAACCCUCAGACAUCAAAAAGGAGAGGAUACGUGUGUUGUUACUCUUUAACUUGGCCAGCAUUCAGUCCAUUUUGUAGAUCAGUCAUUUUUUAAGGAGAUCUUUCCGGCAUUACUCAUUGUGUUUCACAAUGUGGAUUGCCUCUCUGCAUAGGAACUGUGUAGACUUUGUGUAGAAUAUGAUGAAGCAAAUAGCACAGAGUAACAGGCUUUAUCUGUUCUCAACAACCCUAAAAGCUACUGAUGCCCCAUAUUUCAAUUUUGACUCACUCCACACCUUCUGAAAAUCUUUUAAACUUGUAACCAGAGGUGUCAGAGCUGUUAAUGAGUUAUCUAAAUGAGUCUCCUCGCCAGAGCUUUCUGAGGGAAAACUGACCAGAAUUUCAUAAAUCAAGUAGAUGAAUACAAUGGUCAUAUUCUGGUUUUGAUAAUGAUUUUAAACCACUUGACAUGGUUAAUGACAACCAAUGUUGUGAAAAAAUCUACUGUGUAAGUGUGAACACAAAUCUUGCACAUUCAGCUUUCCUGUGUGGGUGUUUUGGUUUUAAAAUUGUAAAGUCCCAGUAAUGCAUGCCAAGAGCAUUAUAGAUACAACAAGUGUACUUUACCCAAUGAUAAAAAAAGAUCUUAAUGAAUAAGAUCUGUGCUUCUGAGUCUACAUUAUUUGCAAUAAAGAGGUAAUUAUAAAAUGA